ACAUUUCCAGCUCAGAGCUUGUCUAGCGGCGCAUCCAUGUCAGAUAUAUCGGACAACGAUGGGGACGAGUACGAUGAACUUUCGGAGCUGCGACAACGCCACAAGCCCGAGUCCCAGCCCUCAGUGGAUGAGGCCUUCGAUCUGGAUGACCUUCUGCCCACUAUUGGCGAAUUUGGCAAGUACCAGAAGCUCUUGGUGUUCGGAAUUUGUCUGCCUGCCUGCAUACCGUGCGGUUUUUGUGCCUUUAACCAAUUGUUUAUGGCUGAUACUCCGGAUGACUAUUGGUGUCGCAUCCCAGAGCUUCUCGGCUUGCCCCUGGAGCAGCGAAAAUCGCUAUCCAUACCCCGGGAACUGGAUGAUGGCAAACUGGUCUACAGCAAAUGUUAUACCUACGGAGUCAACUGGACGCAACUCCUUGAAUCGGGGGAAGAGAAUGACCUGACAAGCAUGGAACCGAACACCAGUUGGCCACUGAUCAAGUGCGGAGAGGGAUGGGAGUAUAACACAAGCGUCGUCUGGUCCUCUAUUGUGAUUGAUUUCGAUUUAGUGUGCGAUCAGGAUAUUUAUCCUACGAUUGGAUUAGCUGCCCUUAAUACUGGCGGUCCCGUGGGAGUUUAUCUUUUCGGAUUACUCAAUGAUCGUGGUGGACGAAGGCUUUCCUAUUUCGUCUGUUUGGCCACUUUGCUGGCUGGCAGCUUAUUGACUUCGCUAAGCAAGGAUUUCUGGACUUGGGCCGGCAGUCGCGUCAUCGUUGGACUUACUAUUCCAGCUGUCUAUCAGAUACCUUUUAUAAUAUCUUUGGAACUGGUGGGUGAGAACUAUCGAUCCUUCGUGACUGUGAUGACGUGCACCUUUUACACUUCGGGCAUCAUGCUCCUGUCCGUGGUCACCUACUUGGAGCGGGAUUGGGUGCGCCUAUCCUAUAUAACCUCACUGCCGUUUUACGCCUAUUUUUUGUACAUGUUUGUCAUGCCGGAAUCACCGCGAUGGCUUUUGAUGCGUGGUCGUCUGGAGGAAGCCCUCAAGAUUCUGGAGCGCAUGGCAAAGGUGAAUGGUAGGGAAUUUCCCCAGGCUGUGCAUCUCAAGCUAGAGGCUCAGAUUCGACGGGAUAAGCUCAAGAAGCAAAAGAAAAAAAUGGCUAAUGUGGGGCUGGCGGAUCUCUGUCGCACCCCCAAUAUGCGUUUAAAGACCAUCCUGAUCACGCUGAGUUGGUUUGCCAAUGAGACGGUUUAUCUGGGACUCAGUUACUACGGACCUGCGUUGGGAACCAAUCAGUAUGUCAGCUUCUUCCUCUCGGCAGUUGUGGAGUUGCCAAGUUAUUUGUGCUGCUGGUACUUCAUGGAUACCUGGGGCCGAAGAUGGCCUUUGAGUUUAUCAAUGAUAUUGGGGGGCGUGGCUUGUGUGAUUACUGUAAUGUUGCCCGAUGAUGCCGUGGAUGAGACCCUUGUGCUUUAUCUAGUAUCCAAGGCCUUGCUAUCCGCUUCCUUCCUGAUCAUAUAUCCCUUUGCCGGGGAACUUUAUCCCACUCAGGUUCGAGGAAUCGGCAUUGGUGCUUCCAGUUAUAUCGGAGGAUUGGGUCUCAUUGGCAUACCUUUUAUUACCUACUUGGGAAAGGACAAUCUUAAACUGCCCUUAGUUAUCAUGGGCUUUCUUUCGAUGCUGGGCGGCAUGACUGGAUUGCGGUUGCCGGAAACACUGCAUCACCGCUUGCCGCAGACCAUCGAGGAGGGCGAAGAGUUCGGAAAGAACUGGCAGUUCAAAGAUUGCUGUAGAUGCGCUCAAAAGCCGGAGAUUUUAUCUCAACCCGCAUCUUACGAAAACUUGGAUGUCCUGGCUGGCUCCUCCACCAAUGCUUCUGAGGUAGAACUAGAACUGAGGGACAGUCGACGGGUUCGGGAGCCGGCUGCACGGAUUGACGAGCGUACACCCCUGGACACAACGGCCAGUGGAAGUGGUCGACCUGUUCACCGACCAUCGAUGAAGCGAUUGGUGCGUCAAAUGAGCGUCAUGGACACCCAGAGGACGCAUGAUGGCACCAUGCAGUUGACACAUUGGAUAUAAGAGUUUUAGUGAAGAAAGAGUUUUGUCACAUCAAAAAAAUAUAAUUGCUUUCGAACUAUUUAUUAAUCUAAUGCGUAAUGUUAAAACAUAUCUAUAAAUUAUAGAACUACACGAUUAAG